AUGCUGGUCGUCGGAUUGCUCGCAGAGGGCAGCGGUGGUGCAAAAGCGCUUCAACAGUUGGGGGUGCACUACAGUGAGGCAAAGAGGGAGUUGGAGUUGAUGGUCGGUCGUGGCAGUGGUGGAAAGGCUGAAGAGAUUCCUUUUACAACCUCUGCAAAACAAGUGCUGGAGGAUUCGGUGAUUUGUGCGCAGGAACGAGAAAUGGCGCAAGUGAGCACUUGCCAUUUGCUUCGGGCUUUGUUGCGCCAGGAAAACAGCAAUGGCUGCAAACUUCUUGGCAAAGUCCUAGCAACGGAUAGCCUUCAGGUGCUCCGCGAAAGGAUCAUGACCGCGUUGAUCCAAGUGGAGUGCAACGAGACCGGUGACAAGGCUCCUCCUGGUGCCACACGAGCCAGCUCUGUUGAAGAUGAAGUGGAUCUGACACAGACGUUGAAGUUCGGCACAGAUCUUACGCAAGCUGCGAGAGAGGGACGCUUAGAUCCUUUGGUGGGUCGCAACGACGAGCUGCAGCGUACCAUCCGCAUCCUGGGCAGAAGGACGAAGAACAACCCAGUCCUCAUUGGGGAGGCUGGAGUUGGCAAGACCUCUAUCGCGCUGGGACUUGCACAGCUGAUUGCAGAGGGCAAGGUUCCACUGAACUUACAGGACUCAUAUGUGGGUGGCUUGUAG